AUUUCGACGGAUCUUGUUCUAACUUACAGUGAUCGACUAUAGUCCACAGCUAUUGAUUAUAAAAAAAAUUGUUACGAAAGAGAAUUGAAAAUUCGCAGAUUUUCAACUUCUUGUUCCACUGUCUUCUUAUUUUAAGAUUCAUCAAAACAAACGGACAUGAAAAACAUGCAAAUCAGCUCGUCAACACUACGUUAUAUAUAGUUACAGUAUGAAUAUAGCCGAACUUUAUAUCCAAUAUAUCGUGCUUGUAUUUGUACAUUCGUUCGUUCGUGACAGUGACUUUAUGAUCCUCUAUUAAAUUUUUCCUCAUUCAAAUACUAGAAUCACUCAAGAGCAGACGUUAAAAAACAAGUUCUAUACCAAACGAUAUAAAAACAAAGUUAAAAAAGUUAAUUAAAGCAAGAAAAAAAAAUAUAUUAGAGGAAGAAGAAUGGCACAUCAGAUACAAAAGCUGUUAAGAACGACACCAAAUGUCAUAGGACGUGCAUUUGCAUCAAGCUACAACAAUGUUUCAGAUAUGCACAAAAAUAAUUUACAUUUUGCUGUUCAAAGAGAAUAUCCAAAAACUGAAACUCUUCCAUUGCCACCAAAUAUUGAUGCUAAUGAAACGACACGAUUUUCACCAUUGAGGACAAGAGACAUUGCUGCAUCAUCCAUAACAGUUCAUGACAUAAUUAAUGAGAUCGAUGUCACGUCAGAACAGAUUAAGGCACCAAAAUGUGAAGAAAAACUUAUUGAAGAUGAACAUUUGGGAGGAUAUGACAGACAAUCACCGAUAAACUUAUCAUCAAGCAUGCAGACACAAGUACCCGAACCAUUCUCACCACCACCAAAUGAUUUACUUUAUUCUUCAUACUUAUCAUUCCCUGGAGGCAGUUGGGGACAGCAAACAAAGUACCUGUCACAUGAGCUGAAUGCAUCACAUUAUACGGAAUUGAGACAAGAAAUGCGAUCAGAUUGGUCCUCAUACAAAGGUUGUAUGAAUUCCUAUAUAAUGUAUAAUAAUCGAGUGUUUGGAUCUAAUUUGCAUCUAUUAACUUUAAACCGAAAUCUUACUAACAUUCCUAAGCGCUUUAUAUCGAUUGGCACUGUACAGUUUUGUAGUAAUCAGAAUGAGUCAAAAGACGUUAAGCCAGAGAAGGAAACUGGAAGAUCAAAAUUGAAAAGGGCAGUUAAAGAAUAUGGAUCGACGGUUGUUGUGUUUCAUGUUGGAAUUUCAUUGAUUAGUUUAGGUAUCUGUUACACGCUCGUAUCAAGCGGACUAGACGUAUGCUUACUACUUGAAAAGAUGAAUUUGGUAGACAAGCUUCCAAAGAUUGCAGAAAAUGCUAGCACCUUUAUAAUAUCGUAUGCAGUACAUAAGGUCUUUGCACCAGUCAGAAUAUCCAUAACAUUAUUUUCCACACCAUUUAUUGUUAAAUAUUUAAGAAAACGAAAUUUUUUGAAAUAAUAUGACAUAUUAAUUAUAUUAAUUAAUGAAUUGAC